AGUCCCUAAACAAAAAUGGGCACCAACAUCAACUCCUUUCUAUUUCCUUGUUAUCUUCUAAUCUUAUUAUCUUCAUUUUCACAAACAUUGUCUUUAGAUCCUACAUACAACAACUUCCUUCAAUGUCUAAAAAACCAAACAAAUUCACCAACGAACAUCACAAACAUUCUUUAUGCACAACAAACACCAAACUACAAUUCCAUCCUACUAGCCUAUAUUAGAAACCUUAGAUUUGCAUACCCAACAACACCUAAACCACAACUUAUUAUCACACCCUUUAACCCCUCUCAAGUAUCCGCCACCGUCGUAUGCGCUCGCAACCUCGGCCACCACAUCAAAAUCCGUAGUGGCGGCCAUGACUACGACGGCCUAUCCUACACCUCGGACCACCCAUUCGUCAUCCUCGAUAUGCAAAACCUACAACGUAUCGAAGUAGACCCUAAGGCUGCAACUGCCUACAUUGAGGCAGGCUCAACUUUAGGUGAACUUUACUAUAGGAUACAAGAAAAAUCCAACACCCUCGGGUUUCCGGCCGGGGUUUGCCCUACCGUGGGUGUAGGAGGCCAUGUUAGCGGUGGUGGUUACGGCAACAUGAUCAGAAAACACGGGUUAUCCGUUGACCAUAUAAUCGAUGCCACAGUCGUUGAUGCACAAGGCCGGAUUUUAAACCGUAGCACCAUGGGUGAUGACUUGUUUUGGGCGAUACGAGGCGGCGGUGGGGCUAGCUUCGGUGUAGUGGUGUCCUACACCGUGAACCUUGUGCCUGUACCAGAAAUCGUAACCGUUUUCAACAUCCAGCGUUACCUUAAAGAUAACGCUACGGAAUUGGUCCAUAAGUGGCAGUUUGUUAUGCAAGAUAUUGAUCAUAAUUUGUUUAUCAGGUUAUUAUUACAGCCUGUAAAUGAUCCUCAGAUUAAGGGUAAAAGUACAGGCAGAGUUACUUUCAUGGCAUUAUAUUUAGGUGACUCUAAUACAUUAGUUACCCUACUAGGCGGUAAAUUUCCCGAACUUGGUUUAAAAAAGGAGGAUUGCAAAGAAAUGAGUUGGGGUAAAUCAACGUUGUAUUGGGCAAAUUUCGACAACAAUACUAAACCUGAAGUAUUGUUAAACAGGACCUUCACAGCUAACUAUUCGAAGCGAAAAUCGGAUUACGUGCAAACACCGAUGACAGUGUUACAGUUACAGCAAAUGUGGAAUAAGAUUGCUACUUUGGCCCAACCAGGGUUGGUAUUCAACUCAUAUGGUGGAAGAAUGAACGAGGUUCCGGCGACGGAUACGCCGUUUCCUCACAGGAAAGGGAACUUGUUUAAGAUUCAGUACUCUGAUAGUUGGCAUGAUGCAGGGCAAGAAGCUAAUGAUAAACAUAUUGGGUUAAUUAGGGAGCUUCAUAAUUUUAUGACACCAUUUGUUUCUAAAAAUCCAAGGGGUGCUUAUUUUAAUUAUAGGGAUAUUGAUAUUGGUGUUAGUCAUAAUGGGACUUACCAAGAAGGGGAAGUUUAUGGUAGGAAGUAUUUUAAGGGGAAUUUUGAUAGGUUAGUGAAGGUCAAGACUUUGGUUGAUCCUACUAACUUUUUUAGGAAUGAGCAAAGUAUUCCAACACAGAAAUAAUAAGUGGGUGUUACAAUGGAAUAAAAUCGGUUAGGAUCCGUACAAUGCAUGUUGAUUACUUAAUUAGUUUUAUAAGGAGUAUUGAAUAGUUUUAUAUUAAUUUACAAAGUGGGCAAAAAAUUAAAGAGUUUACUCUUUUUAUCCUAUAGAAAACUUCUCAUUUCUCUUAGGCAAGUGGUUUUAAUAAGAGGGUUGGUGAAUGCGAUUUUGUUCAGUAUAAGUUAAUUACAAAAUUAAUUAGGUGGUGAAAAUUCAAUAGUUUUUUCAAUUGUGGUAAGAGAAAGUGACGAUCAUAAUGUGUUUUAAUUAAGGGAGUACGGAGUAGUAAGAAGAUGAACAUAAAACAAUAGCAUUCAAAAGGAAAGCAUUAUUAUAUUAUAUAUGGACUCAAGUGAAAGGAGAAAAUUCAAAAGGAAAGCAUAUUAUAUGGACUCAAGUCAAAGGAGAAAUGAUUUUUAUUUUAUUAUAUUUUAUUUAAUUAUAUUUAUUUUUGGAAAUACAAGCGACAAAAGAAAAAUAAGAUUGAUUUUUUUGACACAUAGUUUUUUUUUUAUACUCCGUAUGAAAUAAUUCCUAAGAUAUUUUCAUGUAUUACUUUGACAUGAGUCACAUAACUAUAUAUAUCAAAAUUAAAUAAUUAGGCCAAUGAUUUGCAAUGUAGAUUAACAAUGUUCUUCAAAUAAACUUGGUUACUUGAUGGCUUUUUAUUUUUUUUUAUUUUUUUUUUGGGAGGGAACGUUACUUGAAAUGUUUGUUUCUAUCAAUUUAUUAUUCCUUUAGAUCGAUAUUUUCAAAUUUAUUUUGAAUCCAUAACCUAUUGACUAGUCCCAAAGUCGUAACAUAUAAAAUCUACUCCGUAACAUGGAAGGCUUAGUGGUAAGGAGUAUUUGGCCUAAAGUUGAUCAAAAUAUACAUGUUGGUUUAUUUAUUUGAACACAAAAUAUACAUGUUGGUUUUGAAUUGUACUGAGAAAAUAUUUACCAAUUUUAAGAAAUCAUAUGAACCUCAAAUUAAAAAAAUUUAUGAAAUUUAUAUAUUUGAAACUUAUAGCCUUACACAUAACACAAAUUCAGCAACACCUCAAUUAAUUUAUUUUUUCUUAUA